UCACUCCAGGUGGAAUAAACACAGUGUAAGUUGGUACAGACCCAACAUUCUCACUUAAAGCAUUUUGCACUUUGCUGUGUUUCCAAGCUAUGAGUGUCCUAAAUUAAUUAUACUUUUCCUUCUGCCUGUGCAGUGUUGUAAUGAAGUGUUUGAGUUGGUAGAUUUCUGAAGGAGUAGUAGGCAUUAGUUUGUAAAGUGCUUCAGGCUCAUUUGGCAGAUCUUAUCACAUAGAAGUAAUGUAUUUUAAUGUGCAUGUAGUUUUCUGCAAAAUACUACACAAAAUAAUUCCCACGGAAUGCACAUAGCAAUCUAUUAAGCAGAUGGGGUAGCCUGCAUUAUUUCAGCUUUCAUUUAGUCUUGUUUCUGCAAACCAUAUAAGGUUGUGGUUUCUGUUAUAUUUUACCCGUUUGCCUUCCCCUUCUCUAUCACACUUUUUAAAUAUUUCCCAGACAUCAUUAAUAUCAGUGGAUUCACAACCCUGCUAUUUCAUAUUGUCUUUGGUUUAUGCCCAAGACAUGAAUAGGAUAUAAAUUAUGAAUUUGGUUACCUCAUGUAACUGUAUGUACUACUUUACUUGUUUUUUUGUCCCAUUUUUUUUUUUCUUCUUACUGUUUCAUGUCUCGGAAGGUUUUUCUCAAUGUUUUUCUCUAUAUGGUUAACUUAGUUGUGGAAAACUGAAUGCUGUUGAGUUCUGGAGUCAUGACUCAUUCUUUAUUAAUGGCCAUCUCUACUAGAACAGUGUGAGCCUCAGUUUUUUGCCCUUCCUCAGAAUUGCCAGUUUUUUCCACGAGUAACGUGGCAGUAAUGUCUCUUGUUUUCAGUGCGAUUGACUUUGUGCGUGAAAGCAGGUAUGUUUUCUCACUUUUUGUUGCUUGGCAAGUAGCACUUUGCUUUCCUUAUUUUGGAGAACCACUUCUGGACUCACCCUUAUAACAGAAAACUGUGUUAGAAAAUGAAGUAAAAAGCUGUGUAUGGGGAGAAGCACAACUUCAAUUUUAGUUCGUUGUUGCAUAGGUUAUUAUUGCAGCUUAUCUAAAGACAGUAACAAUUUUUGGUUUAUGCUCUUGGAGUUCAGAAUGUCUCCAGCACAUGGGCUGUUAGAGCUUUCUCAAAUUACCAAUUGGCAUAUGCGCUGUCAGAGAAGUUAUUUUUCACUUGCCUGUGCCCUUGCUCUUGAAGUUAAAGCUUCAGAGCUUUAGCUGUCCAAAUGUCUGAGCUUCAGUUCUAAGCCCAGAUAUUUGGCCAGUUCAGCAACUAGAAGCAUUUGAGUAGCACAAUAGCUACUGCUAAACAAUGUUGUAAGUGCUGUAGUGUUGUGGGGUGAGGUGUGUGUUUGCUGUUAUUUAGUAGCCAGCAAGAGAAGAAAUUUAAAACAUGGUCUGUUAAAAUUAGAUUUGCAUCCUUCAGGUAGUUUGUUGGCACAGAUAUAGAGGAUUUUUUAGAUGUGUAUGUAGUCUGUGGUGCAGGCAGUUUCCUGCUGCACUUUCUACUAGUUAAAUUAGGUGGGAACCGAGACUCCUAUACUAUGCAUUGUUAUGCCAUUUUAUUAAGCACUUGAUUUAGAGUAUUUAUUAUAACUUUUUCAGCCUUUAUCGUUUACUAUAUACAGAAUCAUAAUUUUUUGUGAACAUAUUGUACUUUAUAGGUUUUCUUUGUGAACAGAAGCCUUUACCUACCUUUGCCUCUUUUGAACUUAGUUGAGGUUUCAUUAUGCUCGAAUGUAAAGCAGUUCCCUGAUAAUUCUGAAAUUUCUGUAUAUUUUUUCUGUUCUCUAUACAUUAAGGAUUUCUCUUGCAGAGAUGUUCACAGUAGAAACUGUAUUACCACGUCAAGCUCUUACUCUCAGUACCGUGAAUAGACCUGUAUUUUCACUGAUAACACACUGCUCUUGCGUUAUAUACGAGCAAGAAGGAGUUUUUAUUCAUUCAUCCUGUGGAAAAAAUGAUGACCAGGACAGCUUAAUAUCGGGAAUACUACGUGUCAUAGAAAAGGAAAAUGAAGUAAUAGUAGACUGGAGACCUCUGGAUGAUACUUUGGAUACGUCUAAUAUCCUCUGUGCUGGAAAGGAUUCUAGUUCUGUUGUGGAGUGGACUCAAACCCCUAAAGAAAAAUGUUCCCGAGGAGCAGACCGUCCAAGCAGUUAUGAAGCAGAAUGGGACAUGGUCACCACAGUCUCUUUUAAAAAGAAACCUCAUUCAAAUGGAGAUGCUACAACUCAUGCAAAUGGAGAAAGCAAGUGGUCGUUCCUGUUCAGUUUGACAGAUCUGAAAUCAAUCAAACAAAACAAAGAAGGCAUGGGAUGGUCAUAUUUGGUGUUCUGUCUGAAGGAUGAUGUGAAGCUUCCAGCUCUUCACUUUCAUCAUGGAGAUAGCAAGCUAUUGAUUAAAUGCCUUGAAAAGCAUGUUGUGCUGAAUGAAUCUCCACAGGAUAAGCGAAUACUUCUUGUGAAUUCUCAGAACAAGUCUCUGUCUCAGUCUUUUGAAAAUCUCUUUGAUGAACCAUCAUAUGGCUUAUUACAAAAAUUGAAGAAAGAUCCAUACACAGUAACAAUGGGAAGAUUUUCCAAAGUUACCAACUAUAUUUUUGACAGUUUCCGGUUAAGUGACCCUUCAAAUCAAAGGCGACCACCAUCAGAAAUGGCAGACUUUCUUAAUGAUGCUAUUCCAGGACUAAAGAUAAAUCAGCAGGAAGAACCAGGAUUUGAAGUCAUUACACGAAUCGAUCUAGGAAAACAGCCUGAAGUUAGUAGAAGAGAGCCUGUGUCAGCUGAAGAAUGGGCAAAGAAUAUGGAUUCUGAUGGAAGAAUUUUAAAUGUUGACUACAUAAAGCAGUCGAUAUUCAAAGGGGGUCUCUGCCAUACUUUAAGAAAAGAAGCAUGGAAAUUUCUGUUGGGGUAUUUUCCUUGGAACAGCACUAAAGAAGAGAGAGCAAAUCUACAAAAAAUGAAAACGGAUGAAUAUUUCAGGAUGAAACUGCAGUGGAAAUCUGUCAGUGAGGAACAGGAAAAACGAAAUUCAAGAUUAAGAGAUUACCGGAGUCUUAUAGAAAAAGAUGUAAACAGAACAGAUCGAACAAAUAAAUUCUACGAAGGCGAAGAUAAUCCAGGAUUGAUUUUACUUCACGAUAUUUUGAUGACCUAUUGCAUGUAUGACUUCGACUUAGGUUACGUCCAGGGGAUGAGUGACUUGCUGUCACCUGUCUUGUAUGUCAUGGAGAAUGAAGUAGAUGCCUUUUGGUGCUUUGUAUCGUACAUGGAACAAAUGCAUGAGAAUUUUGAAGAACAGAUGCAGGGUAUGAAGACACAACUAAUUCAACUGAGUACUUUGCUUCGCUUACUAGACAGUGGAUUUUGCAGUUAUUUAGAAUCUCAAGACUCAGGCUACCUUUAUUUUUGCUUCCGAUGGCUUCUUAUCAGAUUUAAAAGGGAAUUCAGCUUUCAAGAUAUACUUCGACUUUGGGAGGUCAUGUGGACAGAAUUGCCUUGCCAGAAUUUUCAUCUUCUCCUUUGUUGUGCUAUCUUAGAAUCUGAAAAACAGCAAAUAAUGGACAAGCACUAUGGCUUUAAUGAAAUAUUAAAGCAUAUUAAUGAACUGUCUAUGAAAAUUGAUGUGGAAUAUAUACUCUGCAAAGCAGAAGCAAUUUCUAUGCAGAUGAUGAAUUGCAAGGAAUUGCCUCAAGCAGUCAGUGAGAUCCUGGGGAUUGAAAACAGUUCUGUAACACCAGAUUCAGAUAAUGGAGAGGAUGAAAGUGCAGCUGUGUUGAGUUGUCCCACGUCAUUGUAUCAGAGUGUCUCAACACCUGUAACUGCUGCCAAUGGAACAACAGACAGCACUCAACAGAUGUCUGAGACGCAGAGCUGAACACCUGUGUAAUUACAGCUGGUUAAAUUGAAGAAAGACUUUUACUGAGCACGUUUUUUUUUUCAAGCACUUGAGAGAUGGAUAUUUAAAUUUGGUGUUGAUUAAGCUUUAAGGUUGGAAAGAAAAUCUGUACUGUAAUGCUCUUGCAUUAAAGCUUUACAACAUGACUCAACUAUUUUUGUAGUUUCUUCUACCAAAAUAGCCUUUUGUUUUCAAUAACAUUCCUUAAUAUUUUUGUAGCCAAGUGCAUUUUCUUUUUGCUGGUGAACUGGAAGUGGAUGGUGAUUAAGAAAGUAUUUGAAAAUAAUGCAUUUGCUGAGCUUUCACACGUAUUGAUGUAAGACAGUGUGAGCUCUUUGAUUUGAGCAGAUUCACAAAAGGCCAGCUGAAGCUGCUGUACAACAUUUUCAAGCUGAAAAGAUGCUGAUGUGUUAAAGAAGGAUUGUUUUGUAAAUGAAUGGGUUUUCCCUAUCUCAAAUGUUUACAAAAAUACUUCUAUGUAUUUGUUGCUGGUUGAAUGUAGAUUUGAAAUGGACAUUCAUAAUUACAGAAGUUAAUGUCCAAAUACUGAAUUUUGUGUAACAGGGAGUGGAUGAACAGUAUAUUUUUACAUUAACAUAUCUUCACUUUAUAUAUGCAUAUAUAUAUAUAUUUACACACAUACACACACUAUAUACACAAAUGUUUGUGAAUACUAAAAGGAUAGUCAUAUUUUCAAUAUCUGAAUAAACUUGACUCUUUGUUCAUAUGAAUCAGUUUGACCAAAUUAAUGCACAGCUCCAACUUGGGCUCUUUUUCGAAACUUUUCUAACUGAAGGUAACUUUCCUGUGAAUACAUUCAGUCCUACACUUGAGGUAGUUUUGCAAUUGAUUUCUUGCAAACUUUACUGAUAUUUAUCUUUGCUAAUAUAUUAACUGAUCGAUUAACUACUUACACUGUUUAUAUGACAAGAUUAUUUGGAGAACUAAUAAGCAGGUUAUAAUAAAAUAAACCACAAACCAAAACAGGAAUCACAAUUAACAUUAAUGCAUUUUUUGUAUAUGCAAAAGGCAGUGUGAGUUUAUUCCAUGCCAUGCUGAUGUCCUUUGACGUUAUGUGAAAUUUAACAUAACCGAUUAAGUGUAUUCAUUAUUUGGUAACUAUUGUACAUAUAUAAAAUAAAAAUCAAAGUUGAUUUAGUGUUUUUAAUUAAAUCAUAUUUAGAGAAAAAAA